CAGCCGUACAACUCGACGGAGCAUACUAAUAACAUUCAUUACUGCCGCUCGGGAUCGAUAUCGAACAGAGCGUGGCUCAUGGAAGCCCGCUGCUGAUUGCAUGGAUUCGUUCUCUUCUCUACGAUAUUCAAUUAAUUUUUAUUGUGGAAACUAGUCGGUUCGGUAGUUAUAGCUGCAUGGAUCAUGUUUUAUUUCACGCACAAAGCGAGCCAUCUACGGCCGCCUUCCAUCACCCCCUCAUAUUGGUAACGAAGUAGUCAGAGCGCAGUGCACGAGGACGGCGAGAAGAACUCGGAAGAGCCCGCAUGCUCUCGCUCAGAACCCCAUCCAUAAUCAUAGAAGAGUAGUUCUCGGAGGUGGUUGUCACACUGCCUGACCAGUAUCCGACUGGCGGCGGUUCGAUCAAGAACAACCGCAACUUUGGAGCGUUCGCGGUUCCGAUCUGUUCGGUUUAGUGGAGUCGUCGUUUUGUUAUUGGUUGGCACGAGUGGGUGAUUGCGAAAUUUCGGAAGUGUUGUUCUAUGGCAGUGAAUAAUGUUUGUGUCGUAGAAGUUUGUGCCAACUGAUUCAUAGAGCUGUUUGCUGCCGUUGGAGUUUAUUAGUUGCGCAGCUGGAUUUCUUGUGAAGUUUUACGAGGAAGAUACUAUUUUGAGACCAGUUGGAAGUUUGUCUUUCGUACCGAUCAUGCAUUAAAGCUGCAGAUUUCACAGAAGCUGAAAUAUCCAUCCAGUGAAGUGUUGGACAAAUCUGGCUAGAAGAUUGGCGUGUGUUGCUUUUACUGGUACAACCGCAGUGUGGAGUGUGCUGGCGAGUGUGAAGCAAUAAUGAAAGUGAAUAAAGUGCAGUUUUGAAAAACAAGUUUUACGACUCGAGUAGGGGGUGGUUUGUGCAUGUUUGCGGUGAACUAGAAGGACCAUUGUUCCAUAAACGAAGAUUGAUAGAACGGAUAGGCCCAAUUACGGUCUUCAAUAAUGGUGCCAAGCAUCGCCCUGGACUGCGUCAAUGUCGCCGAGAAGAGCUGCCGAUGAAUAACGGAAAACACAAGGAAUGAAAAGUGCUUAUUGGUGUUGUCUUGUGUCCCCCAUCAUCGCCGUUGCUGCUGAUGCUUAGAAGGCCCUCCCUCGGAGUUGGAAAAAUAGUGAAGACCGCGCCAAAACGAGGUGAAGUAGUCCACCAGUGCUCCGACCGAAAGACGCCGUUGUUAUGGUCCAACUGCAUACACUUCAUCAGGAAGAGAAGCAUUUUGCAGUUGCUGUUGUGGCUAAAAAUAUAGAAAUGUAUUUUAUGUAAAACCCAAAUAGAGCGCGCGCGCGACUCGUUGAGUCAACCUGAGCCGGGUCAAAUCACGAAUCGGUUGUGAAGUGUGAGGUAAUUUGAGAAUCGUGGAACGAAACCUGAGUGGUACGUGAGUGAAUGCAUUCUGAGGGCGCCACUUUUGUGAUCGAAAAACUGCCGCGACGCUGACACGUGCAAUCCGGGAUUAAUAAUCCGUUGAAAUAGCACCUGACCGAGGGAAACUGGUGUUUGCGAUUCGACGAAUGGAAAUUGGAUAACUGCUGGUGCAACAUCGGCAAGCCCCACCUGACCUUGAACUACGCCGGCCACGACCAAGGGCUUCCGGCAGUAACGAUCGGCAUAAUAUGCUGAGAACCCGCUGACAAAUCAGAUCUAUGAGCGGAAAGCGGUGGCCGCGUAACCUGAGACUGCACAUAGCGUCAUCGAACGGAAACGGAAGCCACAAUAGGGAGGGACCACGCCCCCCUUAACCCAUCGGGUAAUGACGAAGCUCAUUGUGCUCAACGUGCUGGGCACACUUGUGGGACCGUUACUGCUGUUGACGUUGCUACUCACGACACUGGACAGUUGUGCGGGGCAGCGCGAAUCGCAGCUGCGCCUGGGGAAGGCAAUCAACAUCUUCAUCCGCUAUGGCUACCUGUCGAUAUCGAUGAAGGUGAUCUCAUACAACGAUAGCGAGACGUGGCUGUUCAAGGAGCCAACCAAGAACAUAUUUAAGGGUUUAAACCAAGUGAAAACCGAUGAGUACGAAGUCAAACCGGGCGUUUUUAAUGGCGACUUCCACAUGGAGUUCUGCGACAACAAGCGCCAACUGUUCCAGGCGUACUUCAGAGACUUUCAAAUCGAACGACUGGAUAAUCCGUGGAGAGCCUACACCGAAGGCUGGCACACGGAAAUCGCUGCCAAAAAACUAGGAAUCCAAAGCAAAUACCUCGACCGGGACGACUACUGCUACGUGCUGGUGCGCGUGUCGCGGUUUCGAGAUAGCGCCAAAUUCGCCAAGCCCAUCCCGCCCAAUCAAGUGCUGGAGAAUGACGUACAGCGGAAGAUCCAAACCGUAACGGUCGGCGAUACGACAUCGGCCGUGCAGUUUAUGAACAAGUACGGUACGCACUAUAUCAAUUCCUACGUGACAGGAAACUCGUUGUAUCAGGUGUUUGUAUUCAACAAGCGCAACUACGCGAACAUCAAGGAGAAGCUGAAAUCUCGAGGUGUUUUGGCGCUCUCUAAGGUGGAUCUGUACGACCACUUCGCCCCGUGGUACGUGGAGCAUAUGGGCAAAAUUCGGUGCGCCAGUGGGAACACUACGGUGGAGGCGUGGGCCUCCCGGAAGCUCCGGCUAUCGUACUACGUGUUCACGUACAGCAGUUUGCUGAAGCUGCACGGGGACGGUGCUCUGUUGAGAAUACUGAGCGAACUGCUACAGAAUGAAGCCAUACUGCAGCUAGACCUAAAAUCGCUGAGCGUAAUAUUCAAAGAGCCCCGAAAGCGAGCGUGGUUUGAGGAGAUACUGGACAAUUAUCUCAAACUGUGGGAGGUGAAUAUGUAGGUUUACAUUUUAUUUUGGGUUACUGUUGAACGACAAGCUCCUCAUAUUCCUAUGCGUUUAGAGUUAGGUAGAUAACGAGAGUAGGUGUUUUAAUUUAGGUAAGUGACUUGCGCGUUUAUCGUGUAUUACAAGUAUUUAUUGGGUUGGUACAAACGUGAUAAUUAGACAAUCGAUCAAAAAUUCAACAAGAAAGAUACUUUCAGGAAAAAAGAUUGAAAAAAGCAGAAUCCCAGUGGCCACGAAUCUUACUGUGUAAAUAGUUUCAUGUACAACAGUUGCUCCUAAUAUCAAGCAAUCACAUAUUUUUUUUUCAAACCGAGUUUUAAUUGAAUAUCGAUUAGGGAUUUUUUGUUAAAAUUUCAGCAGAACUGAUAUGAAAUUAUUGUACAGGUUUUUCGUAAAUUUCGACAAUUAAAUAAGUGGAAACAAAUCAUAUGAAAUUUGGAAAGGAAUGUAAACAGGGCUUCACUUUCAAAAUCAUAAUCUAUUCGAACAUAUUUCUUGAUUUUUUAAUAGACUGCUCACUGCUUCCCAUCUUCAAUAUUGCUUAUCAAACAAAUAUCUCAAAAGACUAAUCUUUAGUUCUCAAUCCGAACUACCUAUUUCCUAUCCAAAUCGCGUUUAAACACGAGGUUUGUAAAACAACUAAAGCCAACGUUAAUUGCAUACACGUGUGUGUACGUACUUCGCCCAAAGAUUUGCUUAUAACGAAAGGUAGGCGAAAUUAGCAACAGUCAAGCAACGAAACGAAACCGUACUAGCUAGAACAAAUUGCGCCAAGACAUACAACCCAACCGAAUUAACAAACAACAACAAAAAAUAAUGGAUAAGAGGAGCCUUAUUUAACUUCCACUUGUAUGUACAUAAAGUUAGUUUUUAUAGUGCCAAGUGAAUCCAAUGUACAUCCCAGGGUAGACGAUUAAGUGCAGAACCAACAGACGAGGGAUAGAACAAAAAGCAAUCAAUUUCAAACUACUUCACUGCUGUGAUAGAUUAGAUAAUAACUUGGUAAGUCUAAGAUUUCCCCCUUUGCAGUGACCUUGGGGCUCAGAAAGCAUGUCGAUUACACGGACGGAUAAAUAAAGUAACAAAGCGGAAAUGAGUGCGGAAGAAUGUAUUUAUCUAAAUGCACCUGUUGAUCCCGGAACAGAACAAACUGAGACGGUAUCACUCGUGUCAAAAUCGAUUUCCAUCGCGAGACAAUUCGUGCACGGGGAAUCGUGUUGGUAAUUGAUAUGCAAAAUGCGCAAUCAGCUGCUGUUGCCUCGUUGUGAAGAGCUCACGAGUUUCAUAAACCUUAAAAUCAGGCUAGAAUCAAACCGUCUACUAGCGGGCAAUUUCUAUGACUGGCCAGCAGCGGAGGGGAUGAGCAUUUAAUUUGCGCGUAAUCGGUAAGCAACAAUUAAUAGAAGGAACGAUCACUAAUAGCCAUGUAAGCGUUUAGAUACAAGAAUAGAUGAUGAUUGCUUAGACGUAUGCAGUUAGUCUUCCAUUGAAAGUAGGUAUCUUCAAAUAAAAUAAACACUAAUAAAACAGCUUUAAUCAUGAAAAGAAAAAAA